AUGGCAACCGACAACGCAAGCAGAUCACAGCCGGAUAAAAACUCUACUAGCACAACAGAUUAUUGGAUGAACAGUGUAAAUAUUACACUAUCUAUUCCUCCAGAUUUAACUCUUGAAAAGGGGAAACUCAAAUGGCUUAAUAACUUUGAGGAUCUAAAACUAUUUGUCGAAACAACUCUACAAAUAGAGGGAACUUGGUCAUCGCCGGGUGGUUAUCUCAAGGCAUUUAGCGAAGAUCCUGAAAGUGUUCUGAUCAGGUAUUAUACCGACACGAAAUCGUUGCUGUUUCAAAGCGACCGAGGUAAGAAAAUCAAGAACUUUUUAAUCGGAAAGAUUGCGAGUAUUUCGCAACCCGUCGGAGAUAAACAUUCUUCAAGGUCAAGCGAGCAAAAUAGUACAAGUAUACACGAUGAUAGCAUCGUUUUAGUUAACAGCCCAAGUCAGACGCUUAGUGAACGUCUCGAUGAGGAUGAAUAUGCUCUAAAUUUAAGUGAGUUUGAAUCUGUGAACACCAUAUCGGUAGAUAAUUCUAGUCAGACAUAUGAAAUAGAGUCGACUGAAUAUCAUUUAACUCGGGUUAGUCGAGAAUGCAAUUGCGCAUGCAGUCAAUCCUCUAAAGAUAUUGAAAUUUUGAAAUCUACAAUUACUAAGCUACAAUCGUCAAUUGACUCAUUCGAGAUUAUAUUGAAGGUCCUUUCCAUGUACAAUAGGGCUGCAGAUAUGAAUGACAAAUACUUAAAAGAGAUAAAUGAGAGUAAACAGCAUAUAGUAUAUCUCGAACAGAAAUUGCUUGAGACAAGUCAAGAAAGAGAUUCUCUACAAUUAGCUACUAGGCUUAUUGCCCAGGACAAAUACUGUCAUCAUCAUACAAGUCAGAAUGAGGUAGCUGAAACCGCUGCUAGAAAAAACGAUAAUGUUUGGCAGAAAGUGCAUAAUACUAAUAACAAUGGUGUGUAUCAUAACAAGCAAACUAAGCAAUUAACAAGAACUGACAUUGGCACCGCAAACAGAUUUGAAUUAUUAAUUAACGAGGAUGGAAACAAUAGCUGUUGUGACCCGGAACAGGAACACAAUCACAAGAGCUCACAAGCAAGAAAUACACAAUGGACUCACGACCCCAGCGAUCAUUCCCAACUAGACAGUAAUGAUGAUCAAUCCGCCCAACACGUCACGUCUCCACAACAAACAUCCACCUCUAGUUCUCUUUCCAAUCAAACCCCAAAUAGGGGUUUGAAUGGAAAGCAAGGUGGUAAACGGCAUAAUGGCGAUCGUAAGAAUCAAAAGUCUGGACACUCAUCUCGCAAAGUAACUAUUGUCGGAGAUUCAAUGUUGAAGAACCUGAAGGGUUACAGGAUGUCCAAAGAAAACAAAGUCAAAAUAUCUACAUUUCCUGGUAGUACCACUAGAGAUAUGUACGACUACAUUAAACCUGUUCUGAGAAAGAAACCCAACCAAGUAAUUAUACACGUAGGUACAAACAGUCUACGAGAAUCUGAAAGCCCCACAUCCUGUGCAGAGGAAAUUGUUGAAUUAGCUAAAUCGGUGGACCAGACAGAUGGAAAGGAAACGGAGGUAAUUAUAUCAAGUUUAAUAUUCAGAUCAGAUGAUAGUAGACUUGGGAAACAAAUUGAUGAAGUGAACUUAGCGUUAAGUAAGUUAUGUCGACAACACAAUUGGACACUAAUAGACCACUCAAAUAUUACACAAAAACAUUUAAAUCGAAGUGGUCUGCAUUUGAAUAGAGACGGAACUACUCAAUUAGCUCGUAAUUUUUUAAAUGUCAUAAAUCAUAAUAUUUGAAAUAUUGCCGGAUGGGAAUCCCUAAUCUCUGUGCUGCCAGAUGAUAAUAAUGAUAAAACUGAAGAUACACCUUUAACUAUCGGUCAUAACGUCUAUGGACGUGGCUUAGUGAUGGCCUCGUUAAAUAUAAAUAGCCUUUUAGCUCACAUUGACGAACUUAGGGUGUAUAUGAAUAAUGGUAAAAUAGAUGUGCUUGCAAUUAACGAAACUAAAUUAGAUUCAACGAUUGAGAAUAGUGAAAUCCAUAUCCCUGGAUAUGCGAUAAUUAGGAAAGAUCGAAAAAUUAAUGGUCGAAACGGUGGAGGUGUCUGUAUUUUUGUGCGAUCCAAUAUUAAUUAUAUAACGCGAGAUGACUUGAAUUUCGAAAAUUUAGAAUGUCUUAUAACAGAAAUUACCAAACCACGGUCAAAAUCGUUGAUUCUUGGCACAUGGUAUAGACCACCAAACUCUCCAAUUAGUUAUCUAGAUGAUUUUGAAAAUAUUAUUGGAAAGCUGGACUCAGAAAAUCAAGAGAUGUGUAUAUUAGGUGACAUUAACAUAGAUCUUAUGCUGAACCGAUCUCGGCCAAUGCUGUAAAACUGAAUUCCAUACUAGAUAUUUAUGGUAUGGAUCAGCUAAUAAACGAACCUACAAGAAUUACUAAUUGUUCUCAAACCUUGAUUGAUCUAUGUUUCACAAAUGUACCAUCAAAAAUAAUAAAAUUCGGCGUUAACCACAUAUCUAUUAGCGAUCAUUCACUUGUGUUUAUGACUUAUAAAACUAAUAUAGAACGUACCGGGACGCGCAUAACAAAAACUCGUUGUUUAAAGAAUUUCAAUAGAGAUAAUUUUCUUAGAGACUUGGAACAAAAGCGGUGGUGUGAUGUUAACACAAAUACUGAUCCUAAUGAUAUGUGGGACACGUGGAAAAGUUUAUUAAUGGAGUGCAUUGACAAGCACGCACCAUCUCGCUCCAAAAGAGCAGGCAAAAAAAAAAUCGCCGUGGAUAACAAGCCAAUUGUUACGACAUAUGCAUAAACGAGAUUAUCUGAAGCGGAAAGCAACAUUGGCCGAUGAUCAAACUUUAUGCGAAGAAUAUAGGGUUGCUCGAAAUCGUACCAAUAACGAAAUUAGAAAAGCAAAGCAAGAGUAUUUUAUAACGAAUUUGGAAACUGCUAAAACAAAUCCAAGAAAAACAUGGAAAUUAAUUAACGAACUAAGCUCGCGUAAUUGUAAUAAGUCAAGUAACAUUAACGAGAUUAAAGUAGACGGAAAAACAAUAUAAAACCUGCAAAUAUAGCUGAAGCUUUUAACAAUCACUUCUCAAAUAUUGGUGAGAAUCUAGCCUCAGAGAUACCCAUUUCUAACGUCAACCCUGAAGACUAUUUAGAAUCAACUGAGCAGAGAUUUUCCAUUAGACCUCCUACGAUUGAUAUGGUUUAUAUUCUGUUGAGUAAAAUUAACGAACGAAAAGCUCCAGGUCUCGACAACAUUCCUAAUAAGCUGUUAAAAAUAGCAGCUGCAAUAAUCUCACCAUCAUUAACUGAUAUAUUUGCCAGAUCAAUUAACACUGGCAUAUUUCCAUCCGAGUGGAAAAUGGCUAGAGUAACACCAAUAUUUAAGAAAGGGAAAAGGAAUGAUCCGAAUAACUAUCGACCAAUAUCAGUUAUUUCAGCUGUAGCCAAAAUCUUCGAAAAAUUAAUCUUUGAGCAACUUUAUAAUUACUUCCGUUCUAACAGCUUGUUAACGCAUUGCCAGUCCGGUUUGAGGUCGUUACAUAGUACACUUACUGCUCUUCUUGAAUCCACUAGUAACUGGUCAGUUAAUAUUGACAUGCAACGGCCUCUUCAAUGGAGUAAUAUUUAUCGACCUUAAAAAAGCAUUCGAUACUAUUGAUCAUCAGAUAUUGCUGCGGAAGCUUCGAAUUUACGGUAUUGAUCAAUUAAGUCUCGAAUGGUUUCAGUCUUAUUUGACCGGUCGAUCUCAGAAAUGUAAUGUUAGAGGUUGCUUGUCAUCAUCUGCAUCAGUUACACGUGGUGUACCACAGGGAAGUAACUUAGGACCAUUACUCUUCCUUGUGUAUAUUAACGACCUUCCUAAUUGUCUCAGUGCAGCAGUACCGAGAAUGUUUGCUGAUGAUACGAACAUUAGUUAUGCGGCCAACACUAUCGCCGAACUAGAAAAUGUUAUUAAUUCGGAAUUAAAAAAAUUGAAAAGCUGGUUGGAACAAAUUAAGCCUUAA